UAAUAAUCACUCACUAACCGAUCAUGUUCAGAACACUACAUUACAUUUUAGUAUUCUCCUUUAUUAUUUUCAAACAAUUGUUCGCGGACGAUUGCCUAGUGACAAAGUUUGAACAAGUGUUCGAUGCUACAAGAAAUUGUGAUGAUAUAUCCAUAGUGAAUCUUACGGUACCUAGUGGAAAUACUUUGAAACUAAACCUAACAGAUGGAGCCAGAGUUGUUUUCAAGGGAAAGACGACUUUUGAGUAUUCUUAUCCUUGGCGAGGCCCUCUUGUAACUAUCAAUGGAACCAGAUUGACUAUAGAAGGAGAGGACGGUCACAUUUUUGAUGGCCAAGGUCAAUAUUACUGGGACGGACUUGGAGACCAUGGAGUACUAAAGCCUCAGUUUUUCACUGUCCAGACUUUUCAUUCUGUUAUGAAAAAUAUUUAUGUCCUCAACUCUCCUCAUGAUGUCCUGCAAAUCACCAACUCUGACAAUGUGACUUAUUUCAAUUGGUUUAUAAAUGAUACUGCAGGAAAUGAGGAUGUUGCUCCAAAAGGCAAAUAUGGCAAAAAUACUGAUGCUUUUGACAUUUGGAACUCAACACAUGUUUUAAUCCACGACUCUGUUGUCUACAAUCAAGACGAUUGUGUGGCUAUUAGAUGUGGAUCGGAUAUUACAGUACACGAUAUGGAAUGUUACGGAACUCAUGGUCUAAGUAUUUCAGUAGGCUUUAGUAACGAUUCCAUAAAAGAUAAUCCUCUAAACACUUUGUCCAAUGUACACAUUUCUAAUUCAAUUGUACAUGGAGGUGAGAACGUUAUACAUAUUAAAACUCAUAACGAAGGAGGUUAUGGAAUAAUUGAAAAUGUUACUUAUGAAAACCUUGAUGUAAAGGAUGUGAAAAACUAUGGAAUUUUCAUAGAACAAAACUAUCCAAGCCAUGGAGAACCACUGGAUAAUGUUCCAAUUAAAAAUUUAAAAAUUUUAAAUAUUUGGGGAAAUGUAGAACCCAAUGCUAUUGCUGUUUCAGUAGUUUGUGCCGAGGAUGGUUGUGAUAACUGGCAUUGGCAAAAUAUUGGUCUCAAAGGAUCAAAAAAGAAUAAUAAGUGUAAUUAUAAGCCGAUAGGAACAACAGUAUGUGAUAAUUAAAUUGAAUAAAUAUUGAUCUAAAGCUGA